AUGAGGAAAGGUAAGUCUAAUAUUUGAAACAAAAAUAAGUCUUCAAAUUUUCCUGUGAAGAUUCAGAUUCAUAAGAUUCAGAUUCAUAUAUCCAAACAUAACAUUGUGACUCCAUCGAUCCAUUUCUUUUAUUUGCGCAUAAAGGCGGUUCAUUGCCAGCACCUGUUGUCGUGUCAACUCAUAUAGUAGAUGUUGAAGAAGAAUGUUCUCUGAAAUGCCUUGAAGAAUUUCGCUGCUUUGGAUUUAAUUUUAAGUCAGGAAUAACCGACAAAUAUAUCAACAAAGAAAAUUGUCAAAUCAGUGGGAGAAGUUUGGAAAAUAUGGAAGUUAUGAACGGCGAUGAUUGGAUAUUUUAUGAGGUUUUGUCGACAGUGAGUAAAAAGCUUUCAUAUUAUACUGUAUACUGUAGAGUGUUCCCUUGGCUCAUCGAUACUUAGUGACUUACAAAACAACCAAGGCUGGUUACUUUCUAGAGUUACUUAAGGACAGGUGGGAAAACUUACAUGUUUCACUGCAUGAACCUGUUCAAUUUAUGGAAAUUAGGUCCAAAACAUCUUAGGCUUUUAAAUGGGAUAUAUAUAUUACCGAAUUCUCGCCUAUCUAUACUCCUGAACUGAUAGUUUUUCUCUUUCUACAGAAUGAAUUAAAAAAUCAGAGUGAUAUUACUGAGAAGGAAUUCGGUAAGUUCCAGUUUCUUUUUUGCUAUUUUAAAAAUAUAUAGUUUUUGUCUUUUGAGACGCUUUCCGUCCCGAGCAAAUUCUUGUUUUUUGGCUAUGUAUGUGCGAUUCGAAAAGAAAACAGAAUAAUAUGUACUGCACUUGCAUCAAUCCUUUUUGAAUUACCUUUUUGUUUAGUAGAUUUUUUAGUUCUAAAAAUGAACAUUUUCGUGCAAAAAUUGAAAAACAAUGUCAUCGAUCGGUUUUCCGCGAAGCCCAGGCAGCUAGACGUCGUUCGCAUUGAUUAUAUACUCUUUCCAAUAUCCUUUAUUCAAUUCAGAUCAAAAUUGCCCUGGCAACUGGACGAAAUUUCAUGGUCCGCAUUGUUACUAUGUCAGUGAAGAAACUAGUGCCACGUGGCUUACUGCACGAGCUGACUGCCAAGCACGUGGUGGCGACUUGGCGGUACCAAGAUCGAAGGAAAACGAGCAACAUAUUUACGAGGCUAUGAAGGAACGAGAGGUCACCAAAGCAUACAUAGGAGUAUAUAGAGGUAAAGGAGAUCUCAAGAACAAGUUUUACACCGUGGAAAACGACGUCGAGGCAUCCUAUACCAAUUGGGCCGGAAACGGACCAAGUAAUAGUGGUGGCAACGAAGAUUGCGUCGAAAUAGCAGUGCGUACUAGUAGUAGAUGGAAUGAUCUUCCUUGUAGCGGCUACCCCCGACAUUUUAUCUGUGAACUGAAAUUGUAA